GCGCGCCCGCCCGCGUGACGCCAUGGCGAUGGCGGGGGAGGCGGCGGCGCUGCUGGCGGCGGCGCGGGCGGAGCUGCGGGCGCGGCGGCUCUCGGCGGCCGAGGAGCUGCUCAGCCGCUGCAUCGCCGGCGGCGCCGCGGGCGAGCUCGCCACGGCGCUCAACGACCGCGGGCAGGUGCGCUACCUGCGCGUGGAGUUCGCCGCCGCCCUGCAGGACUUCACGGCCGCCAUCGAGUGCCAGCCCGGCUUCGAGGUGCCGUACUACAACCGCGGGCUGGUGCGCUACCGGCUGGGAGACUUUGAUGAGGCCAUGGAAGAUUUCAGGAAAGUAUUAGAGUUAAACCCCCAGUUUGAAGAUGCUGCAUUGAGUCUAAAACAGGCUAUUCUUGAUAAAGAAGAAAAACAGAAGCGAGGUUAUUGAAAAUUCAGGUAGUGAUAUAAUGUAAUGUGAAAAUACUCCCCUAAACAUGUGAUUUUGGUCGUUGAUGGAUAAAACAGAAGAUCAUUUACAUCUGUUGAAGAACUUCAUUCUUGGGUGAGCAAGUUAAAAAUUGAUUAUGAUUGCAAAAUAAACUAGAUUUGGUAUUUUUGGUCUUGAGGGAAAAUAUAAUGUUGAUCUCUGUGAGACACAUGUACAGAUUUUGUACAGAAAUACUUGGUUAUUCUAUAAUAAAUUAUUGUUCAGAUUAAUUGAAAAUAAAAAAAAAAAGAACGUGUAUUAUUUA